GACACCCAUGGAGACGGCUAGGACCGAGAUCCGCUCUCGGAUUUGAAAACAAGGAUAAAAUAACAAGAAAGAGGGGGAUAUCUUUAUUGUUUUUGGGUGCAUAAAACAUAAAAUGCCUCCGACUCUCUUCCAGAAACUUUUCAACAAGAGGAACUCGUUUCCGUCUCCUCCGCCGCGGAGCAGCAGAGAGGACCCCGCGUUCAGCUGGCCGAUCCCCCAGCUGGAGCCCAGUCAGAUCCGGCUGAUCGUCUACCAGGACUGUGAGAGGCGCGGGAGAAAUGUCCUCUUCGACUCCAAUGCCAAAAAGAGGGGCACGGAGGAAACCCCCAUCACCAGCACUGAGGGCCAGGCGAAGAUGUUCGGGAAAUGCUGCCAGCUCCGUCCUACCGGAGGCAGCAGCAGCUCCCUGGACAGCUCCUCCUCCUGCACCUCGGAAACAAAGGAAACUAAGGAGCAGGGCAUCCGCUUCCAGGGUUCCAGGUGUUCGUCCGAUGUGGUGAUGUUGGGGGAAAUGAUGUUUGGCUCCGUGGCUAUGAGCUACAAAGGAUCAACGCUAAAAAUCCACCAGAUCAGAUCGCCACCUCAGCUGAUGCUGAGUAAGGUCUUCACCGCCAGGACGGGAGGCAGCGUGUACGGCAGCCUCAACACGUUACAGGACAGUCUGGAGUUCAUCGGACAGGACGGCAACACCUUAAGGCCCGAUCAAAACACGGGGCCCAACAGUCUCCUGGGGAACAUAGGAUUUUCUCAGCUCUGCAGCCCGCGACGGGCCUUCUCUGAACAGGGCCCUCUGCGCCUCAUCAAGAGCGCAUCUUUCUUUUCAGGCCACAGUCACCCCAUGGACAUGCCUGGCCGAGGGCUCCACGACGAGAGGGACAGCGGCAUCGCCAGAUCAGCGUCCCUGAGCAGCCUGUUGAUCACUCCCUUCCCGUCUCCCGGCUCCUCGCUGACCAGCAGCUGUGCGUCCAGCUACCAGCGCCGAUGGCUCCGCAGCCAAACCACCAGUCUGGAGAACGGCGUCUUCCCCCGAUGGUCGGUGGAGGAGAGCUUCAACAUGUCCGACGACAGCGCCGGACCGAGCCUCGGCGUGGCCCGGAAGAAGAAGAUCGCCAUCGGAGUCAUCUUCAUGCUGUCCCCCAACGCCGAGGAGAACAGCCGCUUCCAGGAUUUCUUCUUCUCCCACUUCCCGCUCUUUGAAAGCCACAUGAACAAACUGAAGAGCGCUAUCGAACAGGCCAUGAAGAUGAGUCGGCGGUCAGCUGAUGCCAGCCAGAGGGCCUUGGCCUACAGCCGCAUGGUGGACGGACUAAACGAGUUCAGGAUGACCAUCUGCGACCUCUACACCAUGCCCCGGGUCACCGAGCCCGUCUGGCUGACGAUGAUGUCGGUGUCGGAGAAGAACCAGCUCUGCGGUCACUUCAUGAGGGAGCUCUCCCUGCUGAUGGAGCAGGCCUCCAAGAACCAAUUCCUCCCCGCGUUAUUGACGGCCAUCCUGACCAAUCACCUGGCCUGGGUGCCCACCGUCAUGCCCAACGGACAGCCUCCGAUCAAGAUCUUCCUCGAGAAACACUCCUCAAAAAGCGUCGACUUGCUGGCAAAGACGCACCCCUACAACCCUCUGUGGGCACAGCUAGGAGACCUGUACGGGUCCAUCGGGUCGCCGGUGCGGCUGUCCAGGACGGUGGUUGUCGGCCGCAGACAGGAGCUGGUCCAGAGGCUCCUCUACGUCCUCACCUACUUCAUCCGCUGCUCCGAGCUGCUGGAGACCCACAUGCUGGACAGCGCCGAGGACGAGGCCAUCGUCAUGCCGGGCUCCCUCAUCACCACCUCCCUGAGGAAAGGAGAGGUGGAGGAGUCGGACUACGUCCUGGUCACCGUCCACAAACCCAGCGGGGACUACCUGUCCCACCACGGGGCCCACGGCCGGCAGACGGAGGCGGAGGACAGCAGCUACCCUUCAGACAACAGCCUCCAGAGCAGCACCUACACGGACACGGAGGUGGAGUGCGGCGCCGGGGACACGCCGAAGGAGGAAGAUGAGGACGAGGAGGAGGAGGAGGAGGAGGAGGAGGAGGACAGCAGUGAGAGUCAGGGGUCCAGGAGCAGUGUGCUUCAGACGGGGCUCAGUCAGACUAACGACCCCGUUAUCAGGACCGCAGAGGCAGCUGAACCCGAGGAGACACGCCGGGUGUCCAGCAGCCCGCUGGCCCAGGAGGCCCGGCUGGAGACGGUGCUGCGCGUUGGCUCGGCGUCCCCCAGGGAGCAGGUCUCCAUGCUGGAUGCAGAGACCAAGGGAGACCUGAAACUCAUCGUCCCAUCUGUACCCACAACCCUCUCCUCAAGUCCAUCCCAAACUCCCGUCACCACAGAGGGGACAAGCUCUGAGACGGAUGGCGGCACGGGGGACCAGCCCACCACGGUUCUGGCUCCACGGACCUUAGGGAUCCCUCUCGAGAAGAAACCCCCCGAUAAGAACCCAGCUGCUGCGAUACCGGUGCCAUCGACACCCGUGAACGCCGUGACGGGGCCCAUGGCGUUGACUCUAACGGAGGAGGAGGGGCCGGCAACAAAAGUCACCUUCCUCAUCGGCGACUCCAUGUCUCCGGAGUCGGACACAGAGAGCCGCAGACGGAAGGUGGAGGACGAUUUCAGAGAGUUCAAGAAACGGCAGCUGCAGCUUCAUCAUCACCAUCACCAUCAUCAUCAUCAUCAGCAGCAACCGCAGAGGGGAGGGGAUUCAACGACCAGCAACACGGGCUCAUCGGAGGACCAAACCACACAGACCAAGGCGGCCCCGGCGCUGCAGCGGGUUUCCAGAAUGAUCAGUGUGGACCACUUUGACGAGUACUUCAGCCCGGAGAACCCGGUGGAGACUCGGACUAUAGACGAUGUGGUCAAACGGCAGGAGGCCAGAACCACGGACGGUGCGCACAAAGGCUCGCCGGACCCCUCAGGAGUCCUCCGGCCCGGUGGCUUGGGGGGUCACGGCUUCCAGGGUGCAGGGAGGGGUCAGGGUCAGGGUCUCUGUUUAGGUUCAGGUAGCGGAGACUCAGGGUCCGGCAGGAAGGGGGACGCUUUGUUGGACGUCCAGAGGAGGUGCAGGUGUGGAUCCACGGAUUCCUCUGACGCCUGCUGCUGCAGGAGCUGGACCGCCGAGCAGGACAAGGGUCUCCUGUCGUCGGUUCCAGUCCCGCCGGACGGCAAAGAGGACCAAAAACAAAAGGCGGUGCCGGUGAACGACUGGGAGAUACCGCGCAACGAGAGCUCGGACAGCGCGCUGGGGGACAGCGAGAGCGAGGACACCGAGGACUGGCAGGAGGAGGUGAUGGUGCCAUUCCCCGGGUCCAAGCUGGUGGAGAACUUCUCGAAGCCGAGCAUUGCCAAUUUCGGCCGCUCUCUGUUCGGAGGCUACUGCCCCACCUACGUGCCAGACUUUGUACUGCAUGGGUUGCCUAGCGAAGAGAAGCUGCGGCAGUGCCUCAUGGCCGAAUUAACCCAUGCUGUUCAGCACCCAGUGUUGGAUGAGCCCAUAGCGGAGGCCGUCUGCAUUAUAGCAGACACGGAUAAGUGGACGGUGCAGGUGGCGAGCAGCCAGAGACGAGCCACGGACGUCAACAAGCUGGGGAAGGAGGUCCUGGUGUCCAGUCUGGUAUCCAGCCUACUGCAGUCCACUCACCAGCUCUACAAACUCAACCUCUCACCCAACUUUUGUAUAAUGCACCUUGAGGACCGCCUGCAGGAAAUCUACUUCAAGAGUAAGAUGCUUGCUGAGUAUUUGAAGGGCCAGACGAGAGUCCACGUGAAGGAACUGGGCAUGGUCUUAGGAAUCGAGUCCAGCGACCUCCCCCUGUUGGCGGCCGUGGCGAGCACUCACUCCCCCUACGUGGCCCAGAUCCUGCUAUGAGACCGUAGCGGCUCUGAGCUGCCUAAAGGGGGCCCCCGUCAGACCUGGGAGCUGCCACUCCGGCCCCCCAUCACCCCAGACAAACCGGGCCGUCCGUGCUCCCCAGCUGACCCAAGUGGGAUCUUUACAUCCGUGGGCCUGAUCCUCAUCGUGGUGCAGUACAUAUGUUUCACCACUAGGGGUCACCAGAGAGCUGCAGACCUGAAUGACCUCCUCCAGCUGUUUGAAUGUUUAAAGCAGAAACUCUUUUUGUAUUUUUUGGACACAAAAGCCAAAGACUUUAUACAAUUUUUCUUCCAGUUGAGAAUGAAACUUUGACAGGAUAAUAACUAUGGAUUUAGUUUCUUUUACUUCUUUUUUUCUCCUCUAUGUACAAUCUUAACGGACGGACUACAAGUUUAAAGGAAACAGAGGGACAUUUUUUUUAUUACUUUUGAAGUAAAUAUCAUUGAGAACAGUAUCAAUCUCAUGCCAAUUAUGUUAUUUCACUUGUUUUCAUGUGUUUGUUUACAAGCCAAAUUCACCCUGAGAUUUCACCAUGAUACAUCUUUAUUUUUUCUGGUUUCAAACGGCAGCGCACACCACGAUUCUUUUUUUUUUUUUUUGGGAUCCACAAACUUAUUUAAAAAUUUUUUUUUUAAAUGGCUAUAAAGUGGCUUUGACAUUCUUCUCACCGGUACAGCUCUACCUCAGAUCUUCAGAUGGGCCGUGGACGACACAUUUACAGCGAGCCCCGUAGAAAACCCUGAGGUAAACUUUUUUUAAACUUUUUGAAUCAGAGGAAUGUCAACAACGUGAGGACUCCACGCCGUGUUCUUUGGACAAAAUAAAAAGAUGAUUGAUACACAAAAACA